AUGGCUUCCAAGGUUCUCAACGGCAAGACCGGUGUCAUCUACGGUGAGGAUGUCUACAACCUCUUCAAGCACGCCCAGGCCGAGGGCUACGCCAUCCCCGCCAUCAACGUCACCUCCUCCUCGACCGUUGUCGCUUCUCUCGAGGCCGCCCGCGACUCGAAGUCCCCCAUCAUCCUGCAGAUGAGCCAGGGUGGUGCCGCAUACUUUGCCGGAAAGGGCGUCGACAACAAGGACCAGAGCGCUUCCAUCCAGGGAGCCAUCGCCGGUGCCCACUACAUCCGCGCCAUUGCGCCCGCAUACGGCAUCCCAGUCGUUCUCCACACCGACCACUGCGCCAAGAAGCUUCUGCCAUGGUUGGACGGCAUGCUCGAUGAGGAUGAGAAGUUCUUCAAGGCCAACGGCGUGCCCCUCUUCAGCUCCCACAUGAUCGAUCUCUCAGAAGAGAGCAAGGAGGAGAACAUCCAAACUUCCAAGAAGUACCUCCAGCGCGCCGCUCCCAUGAAGCAGUUCCUCGAGAUGGAAAUCGGAAUCACCGGUGGAGAAGAGGACGGUGUCAACAACGAGGACGUCGACAACAACAGCCUCUACACGCACUCCAUCGCAGCUGGCUUUGGCAACGUCCACGGAGUCUACUCCCCAGGAAACGUCAAGCUACGUCCCGAGCUUCUCCAGAAGCACCAACAGUUCGUCAAGGAGAAGACCAAUGCCAAGGAUGACAAGCCUGUCUUCCUGGUUUUCCACGGUGGCAGUGGCAGCUCUGUCGACGACUUCCGUCAGGCUAUCUCAUACGGUGUCGUCAAGGUCAACCUCGACACAGAUAUGCAAUGGGCUUAUCUCUCCGGUGUCCGCGACUACGUCCUGAACAAGAAGGACUACUUGAUGUCCCAGGUUGGCAACCCGGAUGGCCCGGGCAAGCCAAAUAAGAAGUUCUACGAUCCGAGGGUUUGGGUUCGUGCCGGAGAAGUUACUAUGUCGGCUCGUCUAAAGACAGCAUUGGAGGACUUUUACACCGCCGGCAAGGCCUAA